AUGAGCGCGGCUGAGGUGGACGAACACGUGUCCCAGCUCUACCUUAUCAAACGGCGCCUCGGGAAGGGGGCCUAUGGCAUCGUUUGGAAAGCUGUGGAUCGGAGGACAGGAGAAAUUGUGGCCAUUAAGAAGAUCUUUGAUGCCUUCAGGAAUAAGACAGAUGCACAGAGAACAUUUCGAGAAAUCAUGUUUCUUCAGGAGUUUGAUAAUCAUCCCAACAUCAUCCGUCUUUUGAAUGUCAUCAGAGCAGAAAAUGACAGGGACAUUUACCUAGUAUUUGAAUCCAUGGACACAGACCUGCAUUCUGUCAUCCGGAAAGGGAACCUGCUGAAGGAUAUUCACAAGUGUUACAUCCUUUACCAACUUCUACGUGCAACCAAGUUCAUUCACUCAGGGAAUGUUAUCCACAGAGACCAAAAGCCCUCCAAUGUUCUUCUGGAUGCUGACUGUUGUGUGAAACUCUGUGACUUUGGCCUUGCACGUUCCCUGAGUCAACUUCAUGAGGAACCAGGGAACCCAGCCCUGACAGAGUAUGUGGCCACACGCUGGUACCGAGCCCCAGAAAUCCUCUUAUCUUCACACCGGUACACACAGGGUGUGGACAUGUGGAGCUUGGGCUGUAUCCUGGGGGAGAUGCUGCUUGGGAGACCUUUGUUCCCAGGAACUUCUACCCUUAACCAGCUUGAGCUUAUCCUGGCAGCAAUCCCAGCCCCAAACAAAGAAGACUUCCUGGCCUUUGGUUCAGACUACAGUGCCUCAGUUCUCCACCGAAUGGGGCCCAGGCAGCUACUGACCCUGGGCUCCCGCCUUCCACCAUCUACCCCUCCUGAGGCCCUAGAUCUGUUGGAACGACUCCUAGUGUUUGACCCUGAGAAGCGACUGACUGCAGAUGAGGCUCUAAGGCACCCUUAUGUGAAAAGGUUCCAUUGUCCAGCCAAGGAACCAGCCCUGGACUAUGAAGUGACCCUGCCUGUGGAUGACGGUGUGCAGCUCUCUGUGAUGGAGUAUCGUAACCGGCUCUACAGGAUGAUCCUGGAGCGAAAAUCAAACCAUCGGCUUCAAAGGCUGGAAAUUCAGAAAGAAGGCCUGGGGGACCUCCCCAGGGCAAGCUCUUUGCCCCUACCUUCCCAGAAGGAUCCCUGCCUACAGAACUCUGCCUCUGAUCCAACCCAGGCCCCAGGGGAACUGCGACCCCCUGGCUUGAGAGAACUCCGUUCAAAAAUUUCUGGAUCCAGACCACAAAGUGAACCCUCUCCUUUCCAUGACACCCUUGGUCCCCGGCAGGGGUCAGCACCCUCUAUCCGGCCACAACAUCGAGGUUUCUCAGGGAAGAGGGGACAAUCAUUUUGGGGUGAUGCUCGCAGUCUCACUGGCACCCCUGGGGAGAGGCCAGGCCUCAAAUGGGCCGCCUCUACCCCCUCUCUCACUGCCCAAGCAGCAGCUGCAGUGACCAACCAGGCCCUGACACGAAAGGACAGUCCCCUGGCAGGUGUGAUGACUGCCACAAGCACCAGGCUGGUCCCUCGCCUGCCCCCUGGCCACACUCAGGAUAUUCGAGCCCCUCUGCGGACCUCAAAAAGGAUGUUCCAGUCCUUUGGCUCCCAGGGGACUUUAGGGGGAGCUAGGGCCUCCCUAGGAGGCUAUUCUCAAUCCUAUGGAACAAUCUGGAGGUCAGCCCUGUAUGGCCUACCCCUUACUUACUCCUCCUUAAGUCCUCUUCCCAAUGUACCUCCAUCCUGAUUCCCAUCCAGAGACAGCCUAACCUUUUCUACUAUGUACUUGCAGCCCCUGAUUAUUCCCUAUUUGCCCCCCCCCCAGAGAUAUUCCCAACCUGCUUUAUCCCAUAAGACUUCCCUCACUUGAUCUCCCUGAUAUCCCAAACCUCUUACUGAAGCUUCCUCACCCAGACACUCCCUACAAAUAGGAUCUCUCCGCUGAGUCAUCCUCCCUGACUUACACGAUGGGGUCUCUAGCUUGGGGAAUGUUUGGCGUCAGCCAUGAAUCUGUCCCUUUUACCCUUCCCAUAAA